AUGGCUAGUGGAUCGCUGGCAUAUCGACCACACCAGGAUCUGGACACAGACCUGACGAAGUUUGGCUUCCUAGUCUAUGCUGGAACCGUUCGUGACUUCCACGAAUGGGAGUUCCGAGCUAUGACAAGGUGGAAGCAGACCAAGGUGGAGGAUAGAUCCGACCUUGCGUCCAAGUUCCUCGACUCCUUAAGGAGCGAGGCAUACAUUGUCGCAGAAGAUUUGGGUACCGACGUUCUGUUCUCGAGUCAGAACAUCCCCAAGGUGAUCGAGGCGGUUAGAGAACGCCUGUUCCCUCUGGCGGAACAAGAGACGAAGGAACUUUAA